GUCCGUACGGAGUACCAUUGGCACCUUCAGUGACGUCAUCAGGGCGCGCUGACAGCGGGUUUGUUUGGGUCCGUACGGUGUACCAGUGGCACCUACAGUGACGUCAUCAGGGCGCGCUGACAGCGGGUUUGUUUGGGUCCGUACGGGGUACCGGGGGUACCGGCGGUACCAGGCGAGGAUGCAGCAGCCCUUGGCCUCUCGGGAUGACGAGGAGGAGGACACGGAUCAAGGCAGUGUGGAACUGACUACCCUGCAGCCCGCAGACACAGAUGGAGUCGGGCAGGAGCUGCAGCAGUACGGCCAGUACCCGGCCGAGAUGGACUCCAGGGUGCUCUACUUCAGCAUGGUGCCCGUGGAAUCCAUGGAGCCCGAAGAGGAGAACAGUGACCUGCUGGACAGCACGGCCAGCCCGGAGGAGCUGGAGGACGAGGAGAACUCUGGGGAUAAUGAGAGUGUGGUGACCAAGUCGUGCACUUACCAGGGCUGCCAGGAGACCACUAGCCAGGUAGCCAAGCAGAGGAAGCCAUGGAUGUGCAAGAAGCACCGCAACAAGAUGUACAAGGACAAGUACAAGAACAAAAAGAAGAAUGAUCAGGCCAUAAGCACUGCCAGCAAGCUGGAGGAUAACCCAGAGUGCCCAAUCUCGCUUACCAAACAGAGGUCAAGUUCUGUAGGGGACCGACCUGCGCGACCAACACUAUUGGAACAAGUAUUGAACCAGAAGCGACUGUCACUGCUACGAAGCCCAGAAGUUGUCCACUUCCUGCAGACUCAGCAGCAGCUUCUAAGCCGCCAAGCGUUAGAGCAAAGACAGUCUUCUCAAGGGACUUCCCAGUGAGACUGGGGAAAGAAGUGCAGGGUUCCUUCUUCCUACCCAUCAUUGCCUGGAGCUUCCUGCGCCGGGACUUUUAUUUAUUUGUUUGCAUCUGAAUUUUAUACGUUUCUGGACAUAGCAAAAUGGAAAGAGUUGGUUCUGGCGGCUACAUGCGCAUGUGAUAGGCGCGGGCACCAUUGAAUUACUUAGCAGCUUAUUGUUUCUAAUGAUAUUGUUACAGUAUUUUGGGUUUUUUUUGGGUGUUGGGGUCUUUCAAUGAGCAGCGUUUGCAUCCGGGAGCAUCGAGGUUAAAGCCAGUUAGUGAUUUCAUACUUUUUAUCUUUUUAAAUGACCGCAUUUUGUAUCCAGGUUAAAAAUUGUGUUGUGUAGCUUUGUUACUUUUAGAUUUCUUUUGUAUUACGUUUUACAUGUUUUAAUACGGAUUUGUUUCGCUUACUCUUAAUAUGUUUUUUUAAAAUUUCAUAAAAAAAACAAAAACUGUGUAUGAAUGAAAGCAGCCAUGUUAACCAAACUCAUUCCUGCAGUUUAACAAUACCAGACUAUCAUGGUAGCGUGCUUCACCAUAAAUGGGUAGUUUGCCUUUAAAUGAACUUUAAGUAUGAUGUACAAAAUGAUAUUCUAAGACAAUUUCCAGUUGGUCAUCCUCUUUUCGUAGUUUUUGAAUGCCAUAACUUCUUGUUUAGCAGCUCUUCUGUUGCUGCAGCUGUGAGGUUGCUAGGUUUUAGUUUACCAUAGCAACCAGGCAGCGGCUUGAAUGAACGGAAGAUAAAUAGAAGAGGUCUGAAUAAAAAUGAAUGAGCAAUAAGAAUAAAAUUGUAGUCUCACAAAGCAAACAGUUUUUGGCUGCCCGGGUCAGUGACCCUUUAUUUGAAAGCUGGAAAUAAGCAGAAUAGCAAGGCAAAUAAUUGGAAUAAAAAUUAAAUUGCAAAUAGGCCAUUCUUUAAAAUAUUAAAGGCGAGCAACCCAUUUAGUAAUAAAUCCGGCCCUGCCACAGAUUUUCUAUUGAUGAGUACGUUCACAUGUUUUCUGGGGUCUCCAUUACCCGUAUGCUAGGUGUGUGCUACAGUGCUGGGUCAUGCUGCCUGUCAUGGUGGGCAUUUAGUUCUGUAACACAUACUAGCUGGGUACCAGCAGGUAGGAGAUCCCCUGGGGUUCUUAUAAGUGUUCAUAUAAAUUGUGUUUCUUUUAAAGGAACAGUUCAGUGUAAAAAUGAAACUGGGUAAAAUAGACAGACUGCACAAAAUAAACCAUGUUUUUAAUAUAGUCAGUUAGGCAAAAUGUUAUCUAUAAAGGCUUGAGUGGGCAGAUGUCUGACAUAAUGGCCAGAGCACUACUUCAUGUUUUCAGCUCUCUAAGCUGUUAGCAGUCAGUAUCCAAUCAGUGACCUGAGGGAUGGCCAUAUGGGACAUAACUGUCAGUUAGUUUGCAUUUGAAUCUGACCUGCAUGCUCACAAACUAACUGACAGUUAUGACCCGUGUGCCCCCCCUAAAGUCACUGACUAACAGGUUAGAGAGCUGAAAGCAGGAAGUGAUAUUCUGGCUAUUGUUAGACAUCUGCCCACUCCAGCCUUUAUACUUUACAUUUUUGCCUAACUAACUAUAUUACAAAUAUUUUUUAUUUUGCGCAGUCUGUCCAUUUUACGCAGUUUCAUUUUUACACUGAACUGUUCCUAUAAAGGGAACGUUGCACAUGAUCAGAUUUUGCACUUUUAUGACAACCUGUUUAUCCUGUUACUUUGUACUGAAUUGUAAGCUGUGCAUCUGUGCUGUGUGUAGAUAUGUUGUGUAUAAAACUAAAGCCUGCUCAUCA